GUUCUUACCACAUAAUCAAGGAGAAAGACAUCUCUCUUUUCUUAUUACUAUUAUCAUCACCAUUAUCGUCAUUUGUUUAGGGAAAGAUAGAACGGAUGCAUCGUAAACCGCUUUCUGAUGUUCUUCUACAACAAACAUCAGGUUCGUACACCACCUUGUUAGCACUUGUGAUUGGUGCCAUAACGAUUUUGUAUGUCUAUAAAAGAAAGUUAGGAAGACCGCAUCCUCCGCGCUCUAUCCGUGGAUCUGAUUCAGCGUCAACACGACAACAGUUACCGAAGAAAGAUGUAGACCUUGAUGUUCUUACAAAGUUAAGGAGAAAACACUUUGUAGGUAGCAAAAUAUGCUGUGUCUGGGAUGUUUUUUUUUCAGACGGUCAGUGGCUAUGUGAUGGUAAAGCAAAAGACAUAUUGUCUUGGUUUGCAUCUAGGUUAGAUGUUUACCUAAUGUGUCGAAUUUCAGAUCAGAAUGAAAAAAAGCUGAUAUUGAAUCAGUUAAAGGGUAUUGAUGGACUUCAGAGACAUAAAAUACUCUUUUGUACGACUUCAAAGGGCUAUGAAGCCUUUACAAGGCAGAUAAGUCCCACUAUUUUAGUGACGCAUGAUUCAUUUCAAGCGAUGUUUCUAAGCGGGAUUCUUCCAUACAUUAUUUUAGUGGGGGAAUAUGUCUCUUCAAAAAGUAAUGUAUAUUCUAUUUCAUCUAUAGCUCAAAUUGAAUACGAUAAAGAUGUCUAAUUCUGAAUAAUCCCAAUAUAUAACUGAAUGAAUAUGUCUUUUUUUAAACCAAAGCUAGACAUCGCUAAAGUGUGUGUAUGUGUGCGUGUGAUAGAAUUACCUUAAA